UGUGAAAUCCGACUCGAUAUAGCCAUCGAGCCAGUUUCAUAUUUCCGAUUGAUUAAGAUCAACGUUGAAAUUCUAGACGUUAACGACAAUUCACCGAAAUUCGAAUCACCCCUCAUAAAUCUCGACAUAUCGGAAUCGGCACCCGUGAAUUCGGUUUUCAAACUACCAUCCCCUGUAGAUAAAGACUCGAAACAGUUUUCAAUAAAACGGUACGGACUGGAGAAUAGUUUUGCGCGUUCAAAUGACGCGAGCGAAAACUCGAAACUAAAUUUCGCAAUAAAUUCUACGAUUAAAGACGACUUAUCCAGUGAAUUACACUUAACGCUGAUAAGAGAAUUAGAUAGAGAGAAGGAAGAUAAAUUAUUUAUGACCUUGACCGCAGUUGAUGGGGGGUCACCACCCCUUACCGGAACCCUAGAAAUAGUGGUAAAUGUCAAAGAUGCCAACGACAACGCGCCUACUUUCGAAUACAAACUAUACGAAGUUGUGGUUCCUGAAAAUUUCACCGUCAAUUCGACCAUAGCAAAAGUGAAAGCGGACGAUGCUGAUUUCGGUGAAAAUGGAGAGGUUGAGUACCAUUUCGAUACGAGAACGGCCGAGAAAUUCGGGAAGAUAUUUCAAAUGAAUCAUUUCAAUGGCGAGGUUGUUGUGGUCAGCUCUCUCGAUUACGAGAACCAAACGAUGUACAAGUUGAUGAUCACUGCAAGAGAUAAUGGCAGUCCAGAAUCGAAGUCAUCGGAAACUGUUGUGGUCAUCAAAGUGGUUGACGUCAACGACAACAAACCACAAAUCACAAUAACACCUCUGCAGAGCUUAGGAUCGGACAAAAUUGGAGUUUAUGAGAAUUUGAAUUCCGAUACUUUUGUAGCAAAAGUUCAGGUAACCGACGCCGAUUAUGGCAAUAAUGGGCGGAUAAACUGCCAAAUCGAGCAGACGAAUUUUUUCAAAUUAAGAUUUGUUAAUACGGACGGAGAGUAUGAAAUAUUAACAUCAGUUAUGUUCGAUCGAGAACAAAAUGAUCGGUACUUGUUGAAAAUUAUUUGCCAUGAUAUGGGAGAUGUUCCGUUGUACACCGAUAAAUUAAUUGAAAUUGAAAUACUCGAUGUCAAUGAUAACUUUCCGCAGUUUGAAAAAAAUCUUUACGAAAUCGACCUGAGAGAAAACAACGACAGAAGCAUCGACAUCGUUAAAGUGUUGGCAACCGAUCUGGACAUUGGAAGCAAUGCAAAAAUCUUCUACACUCUCAACACACCGCCUGCUGCAGACUUGGGCAUUUUUGCUUUCAACGACUUUAAUUCGAACUUUCAUUCGAAGCUCUUCAGCGUUCAACCAAACUCCGGCAUUGUGCGAGUUUUGGAGUCGAUAGAUCGCGAAAAAUAUCCCACUAUCGACUUUUCCGUUUUUGCCUGUGACAAUGAAAACUUCAGCAGCAACAGUCGCUGCUCAAAAAGUCGAAUAAAAAUAUUCAUUCUGGAUAUUAACGACUGCGCUCCUCAGUUUCACAUGAGUACAUUUUCGUUCAGUGUUAAUGAGAACCAGCCUCUAGGGACGGAAAUAGGGAUGGUAGUGGCAAAAGAUGAUGAUUCGCCACCCUACAACGAGUUUUCAUUCCAUCUCAUCUCCACUAGCGAUAACAAACCUCACAAAUUAUUCGACGUCAACAGGAAAUCCGGAAAGAUUGUUACAGCAACAAAACUCGACCGCGAAUAUCGAAGCGAUUAUCAAUUCCUCAUCGAGGCUCGUGACGAUAACAACGCAUCGCUGACAUCAACAGCCACCAUU